CGGAAUGCCCGUGACGCUGUACAACCAGUACGGCAGCCCACCUUGCGGCUUCGUGCGGAUGGUAGCCAGACACGUGGGAGUGGACCUCAAGCUAAACAACAUGGAUAUGUUCAAAGGGGACCAUGUGACACCCGAAUACCUGAAAGAGGGCAACUGCUGGUCUUCUUUGCAGCUGAACCCUUACCACAAGGCGCCCACCAUUGACGACGAUGGAUUCAUCCUGUAUGAAAGCUCGGCGAUCGCCUACUACCUGAUCAACAAGUACGCGCCGGCAUCAACUCUCUACCCGUCAUGCUCCGAGUUUCGAGCGCAGGUGGAUCAGGUGUUGGCAACCGUGACUAGCACCAUACAGCAUCACUACUUCACCUUUUUUCUGCCCGUUCUUCGGAGGGACCGAUUACCUGGUCUGCAAGAAUACUACGCAAGUGUUAAGGCAGCACUUCCCUACUUCGACGAAAUUAAUCAGCAUGGCAUAGACCUGCUAAACGAGCGCCUCAAAGGCUUGAAGUGA